ACAACCAUCAGUUUGACCGCCAUCGAAACUGUCAUCGCGAAGCACGCGUGACACUAUUUGUGACAUUUUACUCAAAAUCGUCAAAAAAAAGUGUUAAAUCACGCGUGGGGGCCGCGUUUGAGCGUGAAACAUGUGCGUUUUGUUCGUCCGAGUUGUGGCAACAUCUGAGUGCACGUGACACCGCUGACAGGCAUUUAUUUGCCGAGUUUUGACUGGUUUUUCGCUGGUGGAAAAGUGGCGGAAAACUGGAAAAUUGUGAAAAUUUCAACUGUUACGUAAAUUGAUGCUUUGACAGGAUUCCGAAGAAAAUGAAAGUCCACCGCGAACGAUUCCAAUCGAGCAGCAGUACGGACGAAAAUGAAUCCGGAUCCGAACAAGAGGAUCAUCAUCAAUUGAUGCAAAUCGCCAAUCUGAAUAAUCUUUCGGUAGAACCGACGAGGAAACGCAGAGGGAAUUUGCCCAAACAUUCGGUCAAGAUACUCAAGAGGUGGCUGUACGAGCACAGAUACAAUGCAUACCCGAGCGACGCCGAAAAAAUGACCCUGUCUCAGGAAGCCAACUUGACCGUUCUCCAGGUGUGUAAUUGGUUUAUAAACGCGCGUCGUCGCAUCCUUCCCGAAAUGAUAAGACGUGAAGGUCACGACCCACUCCACUAUACAAUUUCGCGACGCGGCAAAAAAUUGACCACUUCGGGUUCGAUGGGAGUGGAACAAACGCGCGCACAAUGGGACGAAGAAAUCGCAACGGUUGGAGGAAAACGAAUUCGUCUCGAUCACGAUUACGACGAUUCAAUGAAUCUCAUGUAUCGCUCGGAGGAGGACAGUCCCAAUGAAUACGAAAGCUCGAGUCCGAGCGAAGAGGAGAAAUUCAACCCGUGGCAGACGGUCAUUCGGUAUGGGGUGGCCAAGGAGGCCCCCUAUCCCACCAAAAGGUCUGACGAGGGCCAGAUCACGGCGAACCAGUAUUGGACGGCGCCGCACCCCCAGCUCUCGCACUUGCCCCAGCUGCCGCACCCCUUGAGCACCCCGAAGGUGCAAGUAAUGCCAGCCCAUCAAAUCAAUCCGCUGCACACGGAGUCGGACCCUCUCAGCACAAACGACGAAGAGGACAAAGACAAGUUCAAAUGUUUGUAUUUGUUGGUGGAAACGGCCGUCGCUGUACGACAGAGAGAGAAGGAGCAAGGAAACGUCCAAGUAUAGCCGUUAAAGGGCGUCGUUGUUUCACUCGUGCCUUGCUUAAAUUUCGUUGUGAGUCAGUUCUAUGGCAAAAAGUUUUACGAGCGUUGUUGUGAUAUAAAUUGCCAAAAUUUGAAAGAGGGAAAAGGGUGAAACUUUUUGUUUUGAAUUAUUUGAAACGGUUCAUGUAGUUGUUUAAUUUUUCUUUCUCCUAGCUUUAGCGAAUUUGGAGUGACUUAGUUGUAAUUUGAUGAGUGAUAUUAAUGAUUGGAUGAAAGAGUUGCGUUUUUUUUCUUAAUUUUUCGGAGUGGAUUAUCUCAUUAAAAUUUCACUCGGAUGCAUUGCUUUUCUCUCUGUGAUAAAACUGAUACGAACAAGGCUUACUAAUCUCCGGAAUUCAUGACAUUUGCAUAACUGUGCCAUAAGAUGUUUGAUGGGAUAAUCUGAUUGUACUUAGUGUAAUGACGUACCUGUCGUGGCAUUUUCGGACUUCUCUUCUUCAAAAUUUCAGAACGUUUUAAAGUGUAGUUUUCUAAGGAAUUUUUAUAUACCGAACGGUUGUACAUUUUGUAAAAGUAUCAUGUUUAUUGUUGAUAAGAUGUAGUAGCAAUUAGCUUAUCAAUUUUUUAAGUUGUCGUAAUCAUGAGGUACUCUGAACGAUUUGUAAAUACCCGUCAUUUCGCACAUAUUUCUCGCGCAAAUUGCUCAAACGUCACAAGUACAAAAUCACGUAUUGUAAAUAAGAGAGAACGAAGCAAUAUUUUGUGUAUCGUAUAUAUUUUUUAGAUAAUUUUCAGCCACUCAAACAGGAGAAACAUGUGCGAAAUCACCCACCACUGCCAGCAUAUUGAGGGCGGUUACCUCAUUUGUAUCUAGAGGUAGAGAGUUGUUGAAUAAAUAUGUUUGAAUCGC